AUGCGCACGGCCACAGUUCUCGCUGCGCUCUCUUGCGCGGCCACAACCUACGCACAAGCUGUUGAGGUUGGCAUCGAGCCCAGCUCGUCUGCACCAGAAGGUUGCGACCGAAGCCCCAAGGGCAACUUCACAAUUGGAUACAUUUCCGCGUCCGCAGUGGCAAAGCGCGAGACAGCUUUGGCGGAUGCUAAUGGCUCCCUCUACCUCACGCUCGUAGACGGCGUCCUCACAGACGGCUUCGGUCGCACAGGCUCCGUCGUCGCAAACCACCAAUUCCAAUUCGACGGCCCCCCACAAGCAGGUGCCCUCUACACAGGCGGUUUCUCCGUCUGCCAGAACGAUUCCCUCGCCAUCGGCGGCACAACGCGGUGGUGGAACUGCCUGAGCGGUAGCUUCAACAACCUCUACGACGAGUCGAUAGGCGCGCAGUGCAACGAGAUCCGCAUUCAGGCUACGUUCGUCGACCAACCGUCCUCGUCCAGCUCGUCUUCCGUCGCUUCGAGCACAGCAGCGUCCUCUUCGAGCGCAGAGUCGUCGAGCGUGAUGACGAGUGUGACGAGCGCCAACGGCACCAGCUCCACCAUUACGAGCUCCCCCGCCAGCUCAGGCACCCUCUCUGCUAUCCCGCUCACCUCCAUCAACGGCACCAAGCCUAGUGGGUCGAUUAGCCGCGUCUCGUCCGCUACUCCCACGGCGACGUCCUCUGAAAGCGGCUCGCCCCAAGCCCCUGACGCCCCGGGCGCUGCUGCCCCUAUCGCUGUGUCGACGUUCGGAGCUGUCAUCGGGCUCUUCGCUGCGGCGUUGAUGCUGUGA